AAUUACGCAACACCCCCGUCUGUCCUGUGCGCUAUAACCGGAUCAAGCUCUCUCCUCAGCCUCUCCGGUCCCGCAGCCAGCCUGACACAGACCAGCUCACAGUUGAAAGGAUAGUGUUUCCUGUCGUGCCCACCAUCUGGACACUGGACUAACCGUAACUCAACACUGGUUUCAGAAGGCAAACUCUUAGAACUUCAACCAACUCCAGCCACCAUGGGAAAGGAGAAGCUCCAUAUCAACAUCGUUGUAAUCGGUCAUGUGGACUCCGGCAAGUCCACCACCACCGGCCACCUCAUCUACAAGUGUGGUGGCAUUGACAAGAGAACCAUCGAGAAGUUUGAAAAGGAAGCCGCUGAGAUGGGGAAAGGGUCCUUCAAGUAUGCCUGGGUGUUGGACAAACUGAAGGCAGAAAGGGAGCGUGGCAUUACCAUCGACAUCUCACUGUGGAAGUUUGAAACCAGCAAAUACUACGUGACCAUCAUCGAUGCCCCAGGUCAUAGGGACUUCAUCAAGAACAUGAUCACUGGGACCUCCCAGGCAGACUGUGCUGUGCUGAUUGUGGCAGCUGGUGUGGGAGAGUUUGAGGCAGGUAUUUCCAAGAAUGGGCAGACUCGUGAGCAUGCCCUGCUGGCCUACACCCUAGGGGUAAAGCAGCUCAUUGUUGGCAUCAACAAGAUGGAUUCCACUGAGCCCAACUACAGCCAGAAGCGCUAUGAGGAAAUUGUGAAGGAAGUGAGCACCUACAUCAAGAAGAUCGGCUACAAUCCUGACACGGUGGCCUUUGUGCCCAUCUCAGGCUGGAAUGGAGACAACAUGCUUGAGGCCAGCCCUAAUAUGACCUGGUUCAAGGGAUGGAAGAUUACUAGGAAGGAUGGCAAUGCCUCAGGCAUCACACUGUUGGAGGCCCUGGAUGCCAUCCAGCCCCCCACGCGUCCUACAGACAAACCUCUCCGUCUGCCCCUGCAGGAUGUCUACAAGAUUGGAGGUAUUGGAACAGUGCCUGUUGGCCGCGUGGAGACGGGCAUCCUAAAGCCUGGUUUGGUGGUGACUUUUGCCCCAGUCAAUGUGACCACUGAAGUCAAGUCUGUGGAGAUGCACCAUGAGGCACUGACUGAGGCCCUCCCUGGUGACAAUGUGGGCUUUAACGUCAAGAAUGUGUCAGUCAAGGAUAUUCGUCGUGGCAAUGUGGCUGGUGACAGCAAGAAUGACCCACCCCAGGAAGCUGCCAACUUCACUGCUCAGGUGAUCAUAUUGAAUCACCCAGGCCAGAUCAGUGCUGGUUAUGCUCCUGUGCUGGACUGCCAUACUGCCCACAUUGCCUGCAAGUUCGCAGAGCUCAAGGAGAAGAUUGACCGCCGCUCUGGCAAGAAGCUGGAAGACAACCCCAAGGCCCUCAAGUCUGGAGAUGCUGCCAUUGUGGACAUGAUCCCUGGCAAGCCUAUGUGUGUUGAGAGCUUCUCUGAGUACCCUCCACUGGGUCGUUUUGCAGUGCGUGACAUGCGUCAGACAGUGGCGGUUGGCGUUAUUAAGGGAGUGGAGAAGAAGGUUUCCACCACAGGCAAAAUUACCAAGUCUGCCCAGAAGGCCCAGAAGAACAAAUGAAUGUUGUGCUACACUGCCGACCCCAGGGUCUCCCAGGGCAGGACAUCAGUCAUUCAACUCCAUCCCACAAUUGGCUGCUUUAACUCAAUAAUCAAAGACUGGUUAAUCAUCACAAUGCAUCGUAAAAGCAUCCGAAGGAAAGAAAAAUAUUUAAAUCCCUAGUCCUUGAGGUGACAUUCAGUCUCCCUUUCAGUGGUUAGAUGACCCUUAUGUACAACGUAAUAGCAAACUGAUAGUUUUAAAUGUGUACUGUUGAUUGGUUUAAUGGCCAUAGCUCUCUGUGAUUAGGAUAUUGCUAUAUUGAUCACCUAGAGGUAUGGAACCUCCAUCACCCCUCUCAGCUCUGGAGUGCAGUUACUGGUCACUCUACAUGCUAUAUGUUGUCUUGCUUUUAGUGUUUGUUUGCAACUACAUGGUGCUCUGUAGGGGCCUAUGGUAAGAAGUUAAAACUAUGUUCUUCCGUAGUGAAUGAGUACAACGUAGUGACAUAUUGUGUUUAAGCUUUAAAAAGAUUUUAAACUGUCCAAAUUUGUCCAGACACUAUGAGUAGACCAACCAUGAAGCACUUUGAUUGGCAUUUUGCUAACCUUGUAUUUGCACUGAAAAUGAUUAAAUUGGAAUAAGCUACUGCACCUUACUCUAAGAUGGCAUGAGCCUCUUUGCAACAUUAAAUGUUUCAACCAAUCAA